AAAAGCUCUGUCGACGCUGAUUAUGAUUGAAGUCGGAAAUAAGAAUUACAGCAGUGAACAGGGUCCACAAACACUCACUGUUGACAAGGGGAGUUGUUGCUGACCUUACACUCGAAACUUUAGGCUUGUCGAACUGAUCAGACGAAGUAACAUUGUGGUAGCGGUCAUGUAAAAAGGGAGCUGGCCGUCGUUCUGUACUCUGUUACGUCACUCGGAGGUGUCGUCAUCGUCCACUGACGUCACAGACAGAAGGGAAGCGGGCAAGAGGAACCGGUGCCGAUACCUGUGGCCGUGUGUUGCUGUGCCUGUCACCCUCCAACCGCCCUCCUGCCUGGUUUAAAGGGCGUAACCCCCGACUGCUGUGCCCCUGUGCGUGUGCGUGUGUGUGUUUGUGGGUGGGUGCAAGCUGUAACAGAAAAACCAAGAAGACUGGUCGAAUAUUGGAUUCGCUGGAUUCGUUUUGUGUGUGGGGGUGUUGGUUUUUGGUUUUAUUUCGCCGCCGCUGAACUGACGAACUGAUUCUUUCGUUUGGGUUCGGCCUGUGUGUGUGUGUUUUUAUCAUUUCCCUUCGGAAGAACGGACAAGGCUAGUCUCAUUCAUUCGUUUGGAUUCGCUGUGUGUGUGUGUGUGUGUUUUUAUCGUCGGCUCCUGCUCGUUGGAGGAAGAAAUUCUGUCGCUGUUUCUCCUCCGGUGAAUUUUUUGUUGUUCAUUCCGGAGUCGUGAGUCGACCAUCCUCCCAAAGGUCAGGGGUCAAGGGCGGAGGAACGUGGCUGACCUCCAGUGUUAGGGUCAGCGAGGGAUGGACACGGUCCACGAUGCCAUAGCUUGGUAUCAGAAAAAGAUUGGAUCUUACGACAAACAGUUGUGGGAACAGUCUGUCGAGAAAAAGCUUCAGAAUGCUCCCUACUUGCACAACGCCCCAAGGAAGAGCGUGCGUCUCAAGACAGAGUACAUUGAUGUGGAUCUUAUCAGGGGUGGGUGCACCAGACGUCGUGGCGCAUGUACUUCCUGUUGCUGGGCCUGUACAUACUGCAGGUGGUCACCAUCACCGUCUACGUCCGCAACGUUGACCACAGCAUUUUAGAAGAUGAGCUGUCAUUCACCGAGGUCAUCCUGCCCACCAUCCUUAUGUUCCUGCUGUGUCUCAUCCACUCCCAGACAGUCCUGGCUCACAUCACCCACAAACCGCCCAAAAGGUCAAAGGGCAUCUCAGGAGUGUUACGAAAGCCCAAAGCCAAGAAAACGACCCGCAAAGGUCACAGGUCAUCGGGCAACAACAGCUCAGCAUGCCCUGAUGACAGCGCAGUGGACAGCGGCAUCCGGCCCAAACAGCACGUGCCCAGCCCGCUGUCUGUGCCGAACGCGACGUCGUCCACAGAGCCUCCCCACACCCCUACGAAGGCGACAUCCAAUGGUUUAACGCAGAGUGUUGAUCGUCGUGGAAACACCUCUCUAUCUACCGAUCGUCAUGGAAACACCUCUCUUUCCCCCAAUCGUCAUGGAAACACCUCUCUUGCCACCACCACCACUUCGUCCUCGGAUGGUUUGACGCAAAAAGCCUCUCACGGUUCACCGUACAAACACGGCAAAGGGGAGGUGACUUCCUCAUCAGAUGGCCUGACGCAGCGUGUGCCUGUUGAAUCUGGGAAGUGGUCGUCUUCGUCGUCAGAGAAAAGUGCCCCUCUGUUGACAUCGGAAAGGCAUAGCGAUGUUAUGCUACGAUCGAGUAAGGCUGAUGGGGAAGGUGGAAGGAGUAUUCCACCUUCUCAGCCCAACGGGCAAAAGUGUUGCCCCGAGAAGGAUAAAGAUAAAUUUAGCGAAAACAGUCACACUCAUGGGAAUAUCGCAACGACUGGGAGCACGUGUACUGUUGUUGACGAUCCCGAUCAUAAAAGUAUCGCAGUUUCUUGCCAACAGACUCCCAAUACAUCCGUCGUGACGUGUUGCAACAAAAGUCUUUGUGUGACUUCUUCACAGUGUGCCAGUGGCCAUGAGUUCAAGUCUCAUGCGGUGCAGGUGUCGGACUGUAGCUACAACUUGCUCGACAACUUGCCAGAUAUGUUACGUGUGGAGAAAGUGUGCUGGGAGGAGGUCGGUGUGGACGAAAAAUGUCGUCCAGAGAAGCCACACGCCUGUGUUCAACACGGAGAGGAGAGGGGCGACACACCUCCCGUGUCGGGAGAGUGGGAGGAUUCGGGUUGUGAUGCGGAGAGCGACGUAAAUCGUCUAGAGUCGUCUAUGUCCCCCGAGGAUGGAGUUGUCGAAGCAACAAACAGGGUGGACAGAGCAACAUCUGUCGAUUCCUACUCUGGCUCUUCCGAUUUUGAAAUUUUAGAUCACCACCAAGUGCUCUUGUCUCAAUCAGCGCAAUUGCCUGCAGGAAUUGACUGCUCUUCUGUCGUCUCGUCUGUGUUGUCUCAGAACAUGCAGUGUGAGGAUAACAGCCAGCUUGUCGAACUCUCUCACAUCGCAAGGGGCACAUCUUGUGGUGAGCAGGUUUGUAAUGACAAUGUGCGCGACGUGAGUUGCCAUGUUUUAAGUGCAGCUGCUGUCGCACAAGAGGAGAAGAAAACUGGCAACGUUCGUUGUGCGUCACAGGCCACACAGACACCACCACAUUCUCACACCGACCAGCAGCAUUCCCUGUCCUCAGUCCCUCCUCCCCUCCCACAACCAUCAGUCCUUUCUCAGAGUUGUGAUUAUGAUAGUUCCCUCUGUGCGUCAGCUGGGGUUCAGCACAGCCUGAAGCACCUGUCUGCCAUAGCCCCUAGUUCAUCUGCAAAGACGUCAAAUGCUCACUGUCAAACAACACAGACUUGCGCAGUCUCUGACAUGGACCACAACGCAUCCCUCUCCUCACUCACAAAUCACACUCACCCCAGCCCUGACCACCCUGCCUCGCAUCACGGCCCACCCACCAUACCUCACAUCCUAAUCCGAGAACCGAGCCAACAAGGAGGCAUCGGCGCAGCGGGGACAGCCGGCGCGAGAAACUUGUCUGAGUCAUCACAGCAGCUUCAGUGCUUCUCCGAUCUCUUUGUCCAAGAAAUCCUCAAUGAACAGACGCUUCGACAGAUGAGCUGCAGCUCCCUCCUGGUGCACUCAGACCUAGAGAACUCGUCUUCAUCCAUCAGUCAUCUCUCUACGGCCUCUGCCUCCUCAUCUACCUCCGCCUCCUCUUCCUCAGGAAGACACCCGCCUAGUGUUCGAGCCCUCCCAACUCCACCAAGCUCCCAACCCGAGCGCGGCGAUGAAAUGGCCGCUGUACGAGGAUCACGACUGUCUGGAAGACAGCAAGUGAUCUCUCCGCUCACCAGCGCCAAGACAUUUCCAGAAGAAGACGCCAACGCACUAGACGAGAGUUUGGAUCAGAUUAACGCAUCAGAUGGAGAAAGGCCGUCCGACGUCUCCAACUACAACCCGUCGGAUUCUGACCCGGAUUCGGAUGACCCGGCUCAUGAGGAUUUGCGGAAUCGCUGCGAGGAGAAGAGGAAGAGGCUCCGAUUUCAGGAGUCGCUUAUCUCGAGUCCUCCUUCUACUGGUACCAGCAAACUGAGCUCUUCCAAACCCAGUGGCAGCUCAGCUCCUGCUACCAGUAUUCUCACUCGCAAACCGUCGCCGCUCAAAGAGUUUGUCAACGCCAGGAAGUCAGCGGGGAUUGUCGCCGCUGUACACUCAUCAGGCAGCGACCAGGACCCGGCUGCGGACACCCGUAGCUCCCUUCGCCGUCGAAGACGCACGUCUGGCACACCGGUCGACGCCACAGGGGAGGCAAACAGCCGCUCCUCGAGGCCCAUCUCUCUCGGCCUGCGGUCCCAGGGCGCCAAGAGCAAGCACCUCAGCUCCUCGGACAACGAAACGGGCGGAGCACAGACUCCAGAGGGGUCAAACAAGGCGACAAUGAGCUCAGAGGAGUGGGAAGACCGCAUGCACUCUGACGAGACCACGUCCUCGGCCUAUUCCAGCAGCUGCGGCAACAGCGACGCAGACUCAGAGGAGAGGGGAGAGGAGGAGGAACGGAAUGAGUACACCACCAGCACGCUACACGUCAUCAACCUCCUGCACCCGCAAGGUGGUUCCCCUACCAGUUCUGGAUCUGUCAGUCAACCUGAUAAAGUGUCUUGUGUGAUCUGGGAGGGCAAUGAGUGCAAGAAGGUGGACCUAACGGCGCUGGACAUUGGCUGGGCCAUCAUCGACAAGGUGGACAGCCUGCCCGAGUCCUCCGACUACUUCCUCAUUGGCCUGCUCUUCUCCUUCAUCAUGGGGCUGGUGCCUCUGGUGUUCCGGGCGUUCAGCAGCAAAGACCUGACCAACUGGGAGGAACUGCUCACCUGGCCAGGGCUGCUGCUUAAAGUGUCCACUCUGUCCACCAUCUACUCCUGGAGACAAAACGUGGUCAUGAUCAACGGACUCCUGCAGAGAUUUGUUCUCAGUCUCAUUUUCUUCUUCCUGCUCACGGUGGCCGACAGAACCUUCAAGCAGCGGCUGUUGUAUGCCAAACACUUCAGCUACCUGACCUCCUCACGAAGGGCGCGGAAGUUUACCAUGCCACAUUUCCGACUCAACAAAGUGCGCAACAUCAAGAUCUGGUUGUCUUUGCGUUCCUAUCUCAAGCGUCGCGGCCCCCAGAGAUCGGUGGACGUGAUUGUAUCUGCCUGCUUCCUGUGUGCCAUCUCCACCGUUUGUCUCAUCUCUCUGCAGAUGCUGAAAGAGUCGGACAGCUACCUGGACUACCUGUGUAACUGGGAGCUGAUGGUCUGGUGCAUCGCUCUGGCCGUGUUCCUCAUGCGCUUCAUGACCAUCGGGCUCAAGAUCAACAAGAAGUAUCGCAACUUGUCCGUGCUCAUCACGGAGCAGAUCAACUUGUACCUUCAGAUGGAGCAGAAGCCACACAAGAAGGAAGAGCUGAUCCUGGCCAACAAUGUGCUCAGGCUAGCCGAGGAUCUGCUCAAGGAGCUGGAGAGUCCAUUCAAGAUCUCUGGCUUCUCCGCCAACCCUCUGAUCUACAACAUCAUGCGAGUGGUCGUGUUGUCAGCGUUCUCCGCCGUGCUCACCGAGGUGCUGGGGUUCAAACUCAAGUUACACAAGAUCAAGCUUAAAGGGUGAAUGCUCCCUGCCCUGCCACUGAGGGGGGGGUGGGGGGG